AUGGCUUUCCACUUCCACUGUUCUUCGUCGAAAGGAACCUUGCUUACACUAUCGCUGGCCGUCAGCCUUGCAACAAAAGCAUAUGCGGCAAAUUUUGACCAGUGUGAAGCUCAGGUCCGUCAGGCUUUAAAAAACGGAGCUAUUGAAAGCACCUAUGGCUUUGACAUUAUUUAUCACGGUCCCCUCCGAGGCAUCAAUCCAGUAUAUCAAAACGAGUCGCUAGCCCUCACUGUCGAUGGCUGCGCGGCUGCUUGUGGCUCGGGUCCAGAUUUGUGGGAUGCAUUCACUAUCUUCCAGAUUCUGACGACAUGGAUUUUGCCCAGUGUUAGCUUGAUUGCCCAGUUGCCUUGGGAGUCACUCAACAUCCGCAAGAGAAGGAAUCUCGAGGCAUUUCUGAACUGGAUUGGCGCUCCGGCUGCGAGCCUGACCACAACCAUCUUCAACAUAUACAUGAUCAAGAAAUGCAAUGAGCUAGCCAGAGCAUCACCCCUGGGUGCCCGAAUGGAUGAUGCCAUGUAUAUCUUGAGCUGUAUCAAUCAGUAUCAAUACCCCGGCGAGUUGCAGACCGCACAGCCCAUCGAUCCCCUGCACAACGAGAGCCUACGAGAGCGAAUUCUUCCAAAGCUGGGGAAAUUGACAAUGUGGGUGAAACGAUCAGAAAGCGAGGAGGGCUCCAGUGACUCGGAGGAAGAACCCAUUUCCACCGUGACAAAUCGGAACAAAGCCCUGUUACAAGGCGUUUUCUGUCAGCUCAAAAUGUCUGCACACGAACUGCAUCCGGACGAACAGGAGCUGCAAGCUCGUCUCGCAGAGCUGAAUGCCACUCUUGCGUUCCACCUGCGCCUCAACCGUAGGAAAGGCGUGUGGCCUCUGGCGCUCAACAUCCUAUGGUUCGGAGUCUCCUUGAUUAUUUCGGUCGCCGUCGCUUUCGCAGAUCUCGGUGAUAACACCACUGCACAUUCGCUCGCGCUCGGACUCCUACUGUCCUGGAUUCCCUCUUUAGUGGUGAUGGCAAUUGUCGAUCGGAACCCCACAAACUCCAGUCGUUGUCAGGAGCUCAUCGAACGAUGGCUGUACAAUGUCGACAAGGUCGUCGACGUACAAAGGCAGAAACAGUCUGUCAGAACCGCCGCUCAUGCACCUACGCAGCCUCCACAAUUACCGGGACAGGGCGAGGAAGCACAGCAAGAAUUAGAUAUCGGCAAGCUGCUGUGGAGUAAAACUCUCGAACGCGAACGACCUGGAGUGCGACAACCAUAUAAUAUCGGGCAUUUUGUCGGCCAAGGACGCUACCUGAGGUAUUGCGGCGUUGCCAAUGCUGCACUUUUGCAGUACGAACGCACGAGAGGGGACCCAAAUCUGCUCAAUCUUGAUGACCUGGCUAGUUUCGAAAAACAACUGACGAGACGGCCGUAUUCGUGGUUUAUCAUAUGGGCAUUCAGUGAGAUGAUCGUUGGCAUUAGCUUUGGCAUGGCAUUUAUGGUGUCGUUCAACACGCCGACGAGAGGACUGGGUUGUCGAUCCGGGCUUUACUCGAUCUGGUAUAUCAUAAGUUCUCUGUCGUGGCUUGUGCUGCUGGCCAUUCAAGAGCCAUGGCGUUGGCUGCAAAAGUUGAUGCUCUUGCCCAACUUCCUCGCGGUGUUGUUAUUGUUCCUCAUCACGCUGUUUCAAGUCCUGGGGUUGUUGAAUGGGUGUCUAUGCAAGUCGAGCACGUUUGGCAGCUCUGCAUUUGGAGGCUACAUGGACUUUCAGAACGCCAUCUUCUACCGCAAGGCGUACAACGUGACGGUGUAUUGGGGCACGGCUGCAGCGCUGGGUUUUUUCACCUCCUUCGUAGUGAUCGCUUGGGCCAUGCGUCGUUGGAGCAAGAGCUCGCCGCUGUGGCGCAUUCAGGAGAAUGGCAGCCCAGAGCCUGGUUCAGAUAUACCGCUGGAAUGGAUAAGGUGA